AGCUCCGAUACUGUACGUCAUCGGCGUUACUAAAAGACCUCCAUAAGCGCAACGUGAUUGGCGUCAUCUCCAAAUCCGACCCCUCAUCCGCAUCUCCGUAGCUCCCGUCGCCCCUCGCACCGCUCUGGUCUCGGCUCCUCACGGCCUGGGCAUUGGCUCCUCUUGACCGACAAGUCCCGGCACACGACAACACAGGGCAACAGCACCAUGUCGCUGUCGCUACAAAAGACGCUCUUCUCCGUCUCACGGGCCGCAACCAAGUCCCGGUUCCAAAGAUCAACCCUGCCAGUCGUAUUAUCGCUGUCGUUGUCGUGUUCCCGCCUGGCCUCAACAAUGGCUCCCAAGGUCUCUGGCCUCAAAGACCCCUCCCUGUUCAAGCAGGAUGUCUGCUAUGUCAAUGGCGAGUGGGUGAAGGCAAAGUCUGGAAAGACGUUUGAAGUCAAUGACCCAGCUACGGGCAAGUUCAUCGGCACCUGCCCCGAGUUCUCUAAAGAAGACACGCAGACGGCCAUCACCGCCGCCGAGACGGCCUUUGAGAGCUUCCGGAAGACGACGGGCCGGGAGCGGUCCAAGCUACUGAGGAGGUGGUAUGACCUCAUGGUCGAGAACGCCGAGGACCUCGCCACCCUCAUUACCUGGGAGAACGGCAAGCCCAUGGCCGACGCCAAGGGCGAGGUCACGUACGCCGCCAACUUCUUCGAGUGGUUCAGCGAGGAGGCCCCCCGCAUCUACGGCGACACCAUCCCGUCGUCGACGCCCGGGAACCGCGUCUUCACCAUCAAGGAGCCCGUCGGCGUGUGCGCCCUCAUCACCCCCUGGAACUUCCCCGCCGCCAUGGUCACCCGCAAGAUCGGCCCCGCCCUAGCCGUCGGCUGCACCGUCGUGUGCAAGGCCCCCGGCGAGACCCCCUACACGUCGCUCGCCCUGGCCGAGCUGGCCCACCGCGCCGGCGUGCCCAAGGGCGUCGUCAACUUCAUCACGGCCCUCGACAACACGCCUGCCGUCGGCGAGGUGCUCACCACCGACCCCACCGUGCGCAAGGUCUCGUUCACCGGCUCGACGCCCGUCGGUAAGCUGCUCAUGAAGCAGUGCUCUGGCACGCUCAAGAAGCUCUCGCUCGAGCUGGGCGGCAACGCGCCCUUCAUCGUCUUCGACGAUGCUGACGUCGACCUGGCCGUCGCCGGCGCCAUCACGUCAAAGUUCCGCUCCUCGGGCCAGACUUGCGUGUGUGCCAACCGCAUCUACGUUCAGCGCGGCGUCUACGACGAGUUUGCGCAAAAGUUCGCCGCAAAAGUGCGCGAAUUCUCCGUCGGCAACGGCUUCGACGCCGCCGUGACCCACGGCCCGCUGAUCCACCACCGCGCCCUCGACAAGGUCGACCAGCACGUGCGCGACGCCGAGGCCAAGGGCGCCAAGGUCGUCGUUGGCGGCCACAAGAUGCCCGAGCUCGGCCCAAAUUUCUUCCAGCCGACGGUGCUGACGGGCAUGACGGGCGACAUGGCCAUGGCGGCCGAGGAGACGUUCGGCCCCGUGGCCGGCCUGUUCCCUUUCGACACCGAGGACGAGGUCGUGCGGCUGGCCAACGCCACGCUCGUCGGCCUGGCCGGCUACUUCUUCUCGCGCGACCUGCACCGCGUCUUCCGCGUCGCCGAGCACCUCGAGGUCGGCAUGGUCGGCGUCAACACGGGCCUCAUCUCGGACCCGGCCUCGCCUUUCGGCGGCGUCAAGGAGAGCGGCUUCGGUAGGGAGGGCUCCCUCUACGGCAUCGGCGAGUACCAGACCACCAAGAUGGUCACGUACGGCGGGAUGGGCCUGCCGCUUCAGACGUGAGCAUGGCAAGUCAGGGGCUAGGGUUAUGGUCGGAUGUCAACCUGUGUGUCUUGUUCGGCAAUGUGAGAAACUGGACCAAGUCCAGAACGGUACCAAAAGUGAGAGCGAAGUCUUAUUUUAUGACGCAUUGAACAUAUAUUUAUAUACCUACCUCGGGUCGUGGGUGCUUAUUCAGUCACAUUUAUCUGAUAACGAGGCGAGGUGGUGGUGCAAGGCGUUGUUUGUCUGAAAGGUUGAAGUUUCAAAAUUGUUCAAAAUGAAAAUUGGUUAUUGGUUGAAAUAGCAUGCCAUUAGAGGGAUAUUGUUUCAUCGCUUUUAUCCGUACUUAUCUACCUAACCAUGUGAGCGCCAUGUUCUCUAGGCUUGGUCCUCUACAUACUUCCCUGGGCGUGGUUCCGAAAAGUAAGAAACGAAUAAUAAGGACGAAAACCGUG